AUGCCUUCAGCAAGUAGUCUUGAAACGCACGGAGAUAAAGUGCUGCGAAGCAUCUCUUUAGCAUCGGAAUAUGCCUUUAAGCAUUCCGAGGAUGAUGGACACUGGUAUGGAGAGCUGCGUUCCAAUUCCACUAUAACUGCGGAAUAUGUGAUGUUGCAAUACAUACUGGGAAUCGACCUCCUCCCUAAUGCCGAAGCACUUAAGCAUGAGCUCUUAUCAGGCCAGCAGAAAGAUGGCGGAUGGAACAUAGGAUACGGAACACCAGGAGACAUCUCCACAAGCGUUGAGGCGUACUUGGCCCUCAGGCUAUUGGGGAUUCCAAGCGACAAUCCUGCAAUGCAAAGGGGGCGCCAAUUCAUUACGGGCAUUGGCGGAAUUCCGAAAGUCAGAGUAUUUACACGCAUCCAUCUCGCAAUGUUUGGCCUCUUCCCAUGGAGCGGUAUUCCACAACUACCUCCAGAGUUGAUCCUACUAUCACCACAAACAAAGAUCAACGUGUAUCGGCUGUCAUCAUGGGCUCGGGCCACCUUAAUUCCGCUUUUGGUCAUUGCCCAUCACCAACCCACAUUCCCACUACCAAAUGGCCUCUCUGCAAACAAUGAUUUUAUUGAUGAGUUAUGGCGCAACCCAGGAAAUAAGUCGGUCCCCUACUCUCCUCCUCUACUUGAACAAUGGCGCAAGGAGGGCAUGUUCAGUUGGGAGUUUUGCUUUACUAUAGCAGAUACGACACUGUGCUAUCUCAGCAACGCAUUACGAAAAUUGCCAACACGAAAACAUGCAAUCAAAAAAUGCGUAGACUGGGUCCUUGAAAGGCAAGAAAAGUCUGGGGACUGGGCUGGGAUCCUCCCGCCAAUGCUUAAUAACAUUCUUAUGUUGCAUUUAGAGGGAUUCAGCCACGACAGCAAGCCUUUCCAAGGGGGCCUAGCAGCCAUAGAAAGAUUCACAUGGAAAAACGAAAAAGGCAUGCAUGUUCAAGCUUGUGUAUCACCUGUCUGGGACACUGCGCUCAUGACAAUUGGACUUCUCGAUGCUGGUAUACCUGGCGCAGACAAAAGACUGCAAAAAGCAUUGGGUUGGACGAAAGAAAGGCAGAUCCAAGGCCCUGAAGGUGAUUGGAGAGUUUAUCGGCCUGGGCUGACUGCAGGAGGCUGGGCUUUCGAAUACCACAACACCUGGUAUCCCGAUAUUGAUGAUACAGCGGCGGUGAUAAUCGCUUUUGUGAAGCAAGAACCGGAAAGCGUCGGCUCAGACCACGUCUUGUUUGCCCUGGAUUGGCUCCUAGGUAUGGUCAAUCCUGACGGUGGAUGGGGAGCGUUUGACGUUGAGAACAACAACGAAUUCAUGAACAAGUGUCCAUUUAGUGAUCUCGAUGCUUUAUGCGACCCCAGUACAGCCGAUGUGACAGGCCGAGUCGUGGAAGCAUUUGGACUUAUUCUUAGUAGCAGAGCGUUCCCAAUUGAUAUUGGUCUCGAGAAGACAUUGACGAUAGCUGUCCACAACGCCAUCAACUACCUUGCAUCAAUUCAGGAGUCAAAUGGAUCAUGGUGGGGUCGGUGGGGAGUUAAUUAUGUGUAUGGAACAAGUAAUGUACUUUGUGCACUUGCGUAUUCGGACGGUGGAAGAAUUAAAGACUUGGUCAAUCCCGCUAUCGAAUGGCUCAAAAGCUGCCAGGCACCAAACGGGGGCUGGGGAGAAUGUCUCGAGACGUAUGCUGACCCAGAGAAAGCCGGCAAAGGUGAAACGACCGCAUCUCAAACUGCCUGGGCAUUGAUGGGAUUGCUGGCACAUCUGGCACCUACGGAUGAUAGUAUUCAAAGAGGAAUAGCAUUCUUGCUGGACUCGCAAGACGACCACCAGGACGGCAAAGGCGCUUCAUGGUUAGAACCUCAGUUUACAGGAACUGGUUUCCCCAACCAUUUCUACUUGCGAUACGAUUUCUACCGGCACUAUUUCCCUUUGAUGGCUUUGGGUCGCUAUUCAAAAGCCAUGAAAUUUGACGGGAGUGCGAAGUAA